CCCUUUCUCCCAAAAGCAGACCACAUAUCCCCAAGCAACCCCAGGGCCUGAGACGGAGGAGAAGUAACCAAGCGUCUCAAGCAACCUCCCGCCCCCGCCCCUCGUUUCCUCCCUCCCUCCAUUUCACACCCACCGCCCCGCCGGCCGCCACACCUCCUCCCUCUUGUCUUCUCUCCUCUCUCUCGACAAAGAACCAGCUAGCGCACACAGCCCGAGCGAUCCAUUCCCAUAGCCACCCGCCGCCAUGUCUGCGUCGCCGGAGUUCUACAAGCCAGCGCCGCCGGCGUUCUCGCCGUGCAGCUCGCCGCUGCUCCUGCACGGGGCGGUAGCGGAGGAGAGCACUACCGCCGGCGCCGGGACCAUGUGGCCGCAGCAGCAGGAGGAGGAGGACUACCGGUGCCGGACGCCGACGAGCGGGGAGAGCCAGGUGAAGCCGCUGGGGACGUGCCCGCCGGCGCCGCGGAAGCCGCGGGCGCCAGCGGCCCCCGCGCCGUGCCGGAAGCGCCUGUUCGAGGUGGAGGUGUUCAGCCUAAGGCUGGAGGAGCUGGAGCGCCUCUUCUGGCGCCCGCACCCGGCCGCGCACAAGCCGCCGACCGCCCAGAAGAAGCGCCGGAGGGUGGCCUGCCCGGAGCCCAAGCCCAAGAAGAGCAGCUAGUAGCUUCGUGUGGCAGCCGGAGCCAGGUGCUAGUAGUAGUAGAGAUCGAGUAGCAGCGGUAGAGCUAGGUGCAGGGCCGGCCAAGUGGUUUUGGCUGGAUCAGUUAUCAGCUUAGGAGGUGUUAGGAGUACUGCUGCGUUUUUACUGCUGUACUUGUACUACUACAGCUCGUAUUAUAUCUCUCUAUAGCUAGUUAAUUUCCUCUAUAGCUCAUAAUCAGUAAUCAGCAGUUCUUAUAGUUGCUAGAUGCUGUUCAGUGUAUGUGAUGAUAUCAUGAUAGUGUUCAGUUAUGGUGUCAAAAGGUGUAGCUUAAUACUAGCUAGGCAGGAUCGGAGCUGCAUGCAUGCCCUGAAUCUUCAUUGUAUUCUUCCAUGUAGCCUGUGUAACGAGAAGCUCACUUGUACCA